AGCAUCGGGUCAGGCGGUCUAAGACCAACACUCCGAACCAGCAUCCUUCAGCCAUACAUGUUUCCUCCGUCCUCUCAGAUCCCCGUUUUGUCCUGCAAGUUCAACUUCUCAACUGCCCCCAAGGAGGAAGCGUAUUUCAAAAUGCUCGGAGAGGACGAGCUGCUUGCCUGCAGAAUGAAAGAGAUCCACUUGAGGGGUAAGGAUAAAAAAAAUCGACUUAGUCUUCUUCUGACAAAGUCUGGAUCCCAUGAAAAUGUCAGUCCUGAAAAGAAGCCACCACCUACAAAUAACCACAUAACACCGGACGUGGCCCUGAAAUGGAGUGAUUCAUUCGAGGAGUUGCUGGGUCAUUCAGAUGGGGUAGAAAUCUUCACUCAGUUUCUGCGCACUGAGUUCAGUGAGGAGAACAUUGAGUUUUGGUUGGCCUGUGAGGACUUUAAAACCACAGAGUCUCCAACCAAACUGCAGACAAAAGCCAAACAGAUAUAUGCAGUUUUCAUCGACAAGGAAGCACCCAAAGAGAUCAACAUAGACCACUCAACCAAGGUCGCCAUUGAGAAGAAUGUCCUUCAGCCAACUUGGUCCUGCUUUGAUGCGGCGCAGGAUAAAAUCUACAGCUUGAUGAAAAGAGACUGCUACCCACGAUUCCUCAACUCCGACAUCUACUUGUCCCUGACCAAAAGAAGAGUCCCACCAACUAUGAUCAGGAGAAGGUCUCGCUCCUUUGUUUUCAAUGAACGUACCGAAGGCACAGCUGCCUGGUUGUAGAGUUGUACUGUAGUGCAAGAUUUGUUCAUAUCAUUUAUGUUUAUUAUUGUCAACAGCACUUGAUCGUGUGACAAACACCUCUUAGCUAUUUAUUAACAUUAGUUCCAGUGGGCUGGUAUUUGAAUACUAAUCACUCAUGAUUGUCAAGCGUUCUGCUGAAGGACUUUGUGCCAAGCUAUUUUAAUCAAUCGUGUUUAGAAUGUGUAAAUUGUACAUAAUUGUCUUACAAGAAAGAUCUGUACUGUAUAUAUACUGUAUUGUUCAAUUAUACAGCUAAAUGUAGAUGUGGCAACCUUUGCAUUGCUCUUUAAGACAGUAAACGUUUUAGUAAAAACUUUGAAUUUGGGAAAUUAUUUUCUAUGUCUAAUGACGAAUCGAGCUUAGUAAUAGCAAAAAGCAUCUUCGAAUGUAUAGUUAUUGUAUUGCUUUAUGCAAACUUUUUAUAGUUUUAUAGUUUGAAAAUCUAAAACAAUUCUUUUGAUUUUCAGUUAACCUACAGUAUAUUUUUGUGUCAUAUACAUAUUCUGGCCAAAAACUGUCCAAUUAGACAGGAAAAGAUUGUCUGACUGACAUGUAAAAUGUCCAGCCACAGUUUGUUUUGUCUUGUGGUGAUGUUUAGGAACAGAUAAAUAGUCAAUAAUACAAAAACAGACCAGCAUGGAAAAAAAUACUUCAAAUCUUAGUAAAGCUCUCAGUUUACAAAGAUUUGCAUUGGUUUGUGAAAAACUGCUAGGUUAUUUCUAUAUGAAUAUAAUUUCUUAUAAUGUAAUGAUGUAUUGUUUCUGUUUAUAUAAAAUAAAUAGUAAGUAGUUGUAGAAGUAGAAAUAUAUAUAUAAUAUAUAUAAAGGGAUGUAAAAACAUGGCAAACACAUACUCGCUGCCUUCCUCUAUUGCUAGCACGUGUGGUUGCCUUUUUAUAACUAUUUGUCCCAAUUUCAUCACAUUUCCAGUGAUUUCUUCUGUGUUUCAUACGAUUCCCUCCCGCUGUGAAUCAUUAGAGCUCGUGUCAGGCAGUCGUCUUAUACCCAAGUCUGAUCAACUGUCAUCCUAUCAAACCAAAAUGUAAGAGUCUCAAAGCAAACAUCAAUUAUGCAUGAUCAGACAGGCUACUGGAAUACAUAAUGUCUCAUUUCGGGUGACACCAACAGAAUUCAAUCAGAUGGAAGAAAAUGUUCUAUAUGCUUACGUGAAUCGACUAAAUUGUUUUGUUCCCAUUAGAUUUUUAAAUGGUCCUAUUUAAUUAAAUAUAUGAUGUGUAACAUUUGUCAUCUUGACCUCGGGGUCAAAUUUUUUCAAAAUCUCACUGU